GAGGAUAAUAUUUUCUUUUUAGGCCUAUUGUAAAUCAGGACAAUUAUGGCAUGUUGAGAGUGGUGUUAAAUAUAAAGUAGGGAGAUAAGGAAUGUUUUAAUUUCAAUAGUUCAUUUCUGGAUGGUGUUAGCUUUCAUAUUUACCAGUGUGAAAGGUCAAACUACUGCCAAUGGCAAUGGAUGACACUUCUAGGGUGUUUAUUGGUAGAGUGAUUUUACCUGAAAGUUAAGAGGCAAUAAAUGAAAGAUGAGUUGGUUGUAAAGUAUUCGGCUACUCUAUGAAGAUGAAAUGACCACAGUUAAUAAUUUCGAUACAGUUGAUUUUGAUUGCUGGACAUGGAAUUUAUAAACUCUGAGAUUGAGAUCAUUUUAAAGAAUGAAUUAAAAUGAAGAAACAAAGAAAUACAUGACUUCCAAGAUAAUCAAGGCAGAGUUAUGUUAUACUGAGUAAAACAGUUUGGGACAUUAAAGCUAUGGAAACAUCAUAUUCCAGAAAACUGUACAAGGAUUUAUUUCAGAAGGAAUUACUUGUUUCGAUACAAUAUAACUAUCCCUGAUUAUAGAAUUUACAUAAUUUGUGUGUUUUUAACUGUGCUUUAAACACCUGUGACUUUUUAGUGAUUUAUAGUUUUUAAACAAUUUUUAAAUUCUUAAAAUGGAGUUAAAAGUGAGAGUGGAUGGAAUUCCAAGAAUUGUUUGUGGUGUUACUGAAAAUACAACUUGUCAGGACAUUGUUAUAGCACUAGCUCAUGCUAUGGGAAGGACAGGAACAUUUACAUUGAUUGAAAAGUGGCGGGACAAUGAGCGCCCUCUUAACAAAGCAGAAUUCCCGGUGAAGGUUUUGCAAAAAUGGGGAGAAUAUGCUAAUGAAGUGCAGCUACUUCUUCAGCUAUCUGAUCAGACUAAAAAAGAAUUACAAAAGGGUAAGGACCAGGUGAAAUCCAAAGAAAACUUUAAACAUAAUUUUACCCCACCACUUCAAAAGGAGGGACCAGUUCGUAGAUCAUUAACAUUUAGCGGUGCACAUAAUGUUGCAAACCCAUCUGUCAAACGGAAAAACGAACAACAGAAACAUUCAUGUAAACUUCAAAACAUUUCAGAGAAAGAAAAUAUUGGUGAUGUCUCAUUGACACAGAGCCUCCCAACUUACAGAUUUAUGAAUUCAUCAAAACAGAGAGUAGAUAGACAACCCCCAUUGCUUUUUAACUCACCUCCCCCAGCGCCUCACCAGGCAAGUCAUCAUCCAUAUGCCCAAGUUAGAAAUAUUUCGAGGAAUCAAAAUGUGUCAGAGCCACAGAUUGCACAGCAUCAUCACCCUCCUUCUCAGCCACAUAUACCUCAGGAGGAGACAACUCAAUAUGCAAAUCAGCAAAAGCCAGAUUAUUUAAAUCGGCCUGAUAAUCAUACACAUCAGCAUGCUCAUCAUGGAGAAAGAAAUGACAUAUCUGGAAAGUACAAACAUUUUAAUGGAGAAUUAGAGAAAACAGUAAAUCAAGGACCACAUCAAAACAAAUACUCACCUGUGCACACACGCACAGGAAGUAGUCCUGCAAGAAAUUCUCCUAACAAAAUAGCCUCUCCUGUUUCACCAACAGACUCAAGGGGGCAAAGUCCAAAUCUUUCAUUGUAUAAUAGAAAUAGACAAUCAGCAUUCUCACCUGUUAUUCCUCGUCAAAAAUCUCCUAAUAGUCCAAAAACUUUAGUUAAUGGAGACUUAGAUUUUCGUGUAUAUAGCCCAGAACAGGAAAGUUCUGAUGUUGUAGAAUAUGAUUUAGAUAGCAAUUUCCCUGACUUAUACUCAGGUAAAAAAAAAGAUCAAGUGGUUGAGGAAUACUAUAUGCCCGGUGAAAAACUUGCUUCUCCAAUUAAGGAAGUUUGUCAAGAUGAUUCAGAGCUUGUCAAAAUGCAAGAGCUUGUGACGAGACAACAAGAGCGAAUCAAACAUCAGGAAUCACAGCUUGAAGUCAUAGAUUCAGAAAUUACAACUUUAGAGAAAAAAGAUAUAGAGCAGGCAAAUGAACUGAUACAGAUUGCUGAUGACAAAAGUAAACUGGAACAAAAGCGCAAACAGUUUGAAACUGAGCUUUCGAAAUUAGAAUCUACAAAAUGGGUUGAUUUAGUACAAGCUGAGAGACAAGCAGAAGCCAAAAUUAGAAGUGAAAUUUUAGAAUUUAAAUCUCAGACUACAAAAGUGGGCUCAGAAUUAAAAAACUUGCAAAAUAAAUUAAAUUCACUGGAAAAAGACAUUGAAAACGAGAAAAAUGAAUUAAAAGAAGAAAAGGAAAAACAAGAAUUAGAAGAAAAACAAUUGACAGAGGAAGUAGAGAAAGUAAAAAUUGAAAUGAAGACCUUGUCAGAUACAGGUGAUGCAGAUAAAUUAUUAAUUGUGAACAUUGAAAAUGAAUUGAAAGAAUUGAGUGAAGAAUUGGAUCGAAAGAAGGAUGAAGUAGUACAAUUAGAGAAAAAACUGAAAGAUGCCAAUAUGAGAGAAUUUAAACAAGUCACACCAAUGGGAAGUGAUAAAGGAAAACCAUCUGACAGUGGAGAGGUGGUUUUGAAAGUGCUGGAAGGAAGAAAAUCUCCAAAUCUUGGUAUAGGGAGGAAGAUGAUAGCCAGUCCUCUUAGCAAAAUAUUGUCGGUUUCCAAAAAUCCAAAUGGUGUUUGGGUGUAGCUGUUUUGUGAAAAUUCAUUUAUUUGAAUUAUUCUUUUUUUAAAUGUUUUCUUUGUGAAUUUGUGUCUUUAUCUCGUAUGUUUCAAAACAAUAGGUUACAAGGGCACAAUUAUUCCUAGUGCAUUUUCCAUAGAGUACCAGUGGUGUUACAUAUUUUAUUUCUUGAAGACUACACAAGCUAGAAAAAAAAUAUGUAGCAGUUCCUGUUACUAGAAAUGUCAGCUUUGUAUAACAGCCAAAAAAAUAUAUGGUCAUGUGGCAAAAGUUGACAUAAAAUGCAGUUGAAAAACAACGUCUAUUUUUUUUCGCUUAAUGAAAAAGGCAAUUUUUUAAUGGCUCUUACGUGCAGAAAUAGAAUAUAUUUUCUAUACUUUGUAAAAUAUGAAUUUGAUUUUCUUGUUUUUUCAAACAUAAAUGGAUAUAUAAGCUUUCGACUAAAAGUAGUUCCAAUCCUGUAUCAUCCAAUGAGAAACCGCACAAGAUUCUAUUCUGAGUACCAUCUUGGGGUAAAAAACUUGCUGGUAAAAUGUUAACAAAUAAUUGCGCUCUUGUAACCAAUAAUGAUAAGCUUCUUAGAUAUCUCAGCUCGCACGUUGAGCUAACAAACACAAUAAGUUUAGCAUAGAUUGAUUAAUGUCAGACAAUUAUUUUGGAGUCAAAAAAUUUUCAUAACCACCUUUGAUUUAGUGUCAAAUAGGGGAAUUUAGAAGCUGAAAAGCAUUAAUUGCAUCCUCAAACCUUAGGGAAUCUGUUUGGACAAUUAUUUAGAAAAGUCUUUUCAAAUUUCUAGGAGUGUUUUUUUUUUUUUUUACAAAUUAUCUUUUAUCCAGUAAGAAAAUUGAAUGGCUAUAAGCCUUAAAAUCAUUUGAAAAUAAUGAUGAUAAAAAAUUACUGAAACAUUAUAGGAGUUAUUGCAGUUAAAUGAAAUUUUUUACUGAUUUAACUAUUCAUGGGUUUAAAUGUUUUUUGGUUGGAGCAUUCCUAUUAGGUAAAUUUAAAAAAGCACUUCUGAUGUAUCAAAUUUAUAAAAUGUUAUUUUCAUUAUAAAAUAUUUUUACAAAUUAUCUUAAAAACUAUAAAUGGUAAAAAUGAUCAGCAGUACAAGAUCUACAAAAUUACCAAUAUAACUGACAUCUUAUAGGAGUAAUUGUCCUUAAAGGACUUUUUGUAUUUUUGCCUAUUUUUUUAUGUACUUGUUUUACCUACUUAUCAUGGGAUGAAUACUGUUGUUGUUCUCAGUAAUAAUGAAUUAUUUCUUCUUGUUCAUGCAAUUAAAUCUUAAGGGAUGCUAUAUGUAUACUGUUACAUUAUCCUCCAUAAAUACAGAUAGAAAUAAAGAUCUCCAUGUGCAAAAUUGAACAGUUUUUGAUUUUCAUAGCAAAAUUUAAUGAAAGCAUUUUAACUAUUACAGAACAGGUAAUACCUAUUCCACAAUUUUUUUUAACUUGUUGAAAAAAAAAUGGUUUAGAGCUGAUAUAUGGCAUGAGAUGAUUUUUAACAUCACAGCUCUACAUGGGCUCAUUGCAUUUGUUCCAAUUUUUUAAAAAUACUGUAUCUCAUUUGUGCCAUAAGGUUGUAUUUCAUUUGAGCUAAAACAUAACUUAUUUUGCACAAUUUUUCAGGUAAAAAAAAUGCUGAUUAAAGUGUUGCUAUAAGUUAUAUCCAAAAUAUGUGGUUCAUAUAAGAAAUUUUGUACAAUACCCCUGAGUAAGUAAUAAGUUCUUAUUCAUUUUGCAAUGAUACACAAAACUGGAAGUCAUGAGAGUAUAAAAUUGUACAAUGUUCACAUUUGAGAAAAACAGUGGAAACAAGUCUGCAUUUUUAAAUAUUUUUUUUACAACACAUACAGAUUAUCCAGUGUAUUGAAGAACAGAGACUAGUCUUAUAGAUGCAAGGAAAAAUCACUAUUUAAAUAGGGGCAAAUGGAUAGGGAUAAACAUAGUUUAAUGAUGCCAUCAAAAAAUGUAGAUGUACCAGUAUGUUUGUUUGACCUUAAAAAUUAUCAAAACUUCAAAGAACUUAUUAUGCUAGAUAUCAUGUAAUGCACACGAAUGGAAGGGAUUGAUACAAAUAUAUAAUAUGAAUUGAAUAGUAUAAAUGUACAACUAUUAUCUAAAAUAUUUACGUGUAUUAUUGGCGCAAAUGAAAGGUUUUAUUUUGGCUCAAAAGAAAUAUGGUUCGUGGUGCAAAUGUUGAAUCAGUGAAAAAGUUUUUAGUGAUAUCAAAUUACAUAUGUGUUUUUUAUAUACAUCUUUCAUAUUAAAUGUGUAUGCAUGCUUAUUUAUGGCAGACAAUGUAUUUGGAUAUUGGAAAAUAGAAUAGUUCAUAUUAUUUAAAACAUUUGCUCUGUAAAAUACAGAUACAACAAUAAUUUGCUUUUAUGGCUUUUUCGGUUACAAAUGUAUGUCAGAUUUAUACAAAAUUUUAUAAAUAUGUCGACAAUAAAGACAACAACACUCAAGUUUUUACCGCAAAGUAUCUGUUUAUUUGGUCGACAUGUUUCACCUAUAGAUAGGCGUCAUCAGGACAAUGUUACAUAUAAAAUUUACAGUGAGGUGCAUUUCUUGCGGUUGAGUGGUUAACCGGAAGUGUAAGUAUAAUUACGGUAGUUAUGGUGACGUUAUAUAAAUAGAAAAUGAAAGUGAAAGUGAAAAGACAUAGAGAAUAUAAAUAGAAAGAAAAGUAAAUGUUGUAUAAAUAAAUUAAUAAAAGUUUGUAAGAGUUGUUCUUUCACUUUCAUUUUCUAUUUAUAUAUCAUCUUGAAAAAAAUGAAUAUGUCGACAUAUUAAUUUUUUUCAAGAUGACUGUGAAUACCUAGCGGUAUCCACUCGUUUUUACCCUACCGCACAAUCACCACUUCAGGUGUUGGUUCACUUAUAUUUUUACAGUUUAACUAUUUACUGUGAACCCCUGCAUCCGCAAGGAUCCACCUUUGCCACACUUGUGUUGUACCUUACGACCAACCAGCAUGAACAAAUACACAGACCAUUCCGACCAUUGCCGAUCCUUUCCCGAAAAUGAUAGCAGAAUUCUACACACCACCAGAAGGAAAGAUAUGGAAACAGAAGCAACUGCAAGAAAACACACACAGAGACCCCUCUAUUACGGAAAAUUUAUACACAACACAUAAAUACACAUGGAUACCAGACAAGCCAUUUAGAGAAAACAGAACGGAACCAGGAACAGAAUGAACCACAGGAACCACACAAAUUAUUUUAUGAAGCCAUACUUGAUCCUAAGACAUUUUACAAACAAAUUAAAUAUUUACAGAUCUACCAUAAUUCCCAAUACCAGUGGCGAUCAUACAUCUCAUAUAUUCCCAACGCAACUGGAAGCAGUACCUCCUAGAGCGAAGCCAGUCUAAUUGGUACAGAAUUACCGUGAGGUGGUGUCCAUUUGGGAAAUUAAACCAAACAUUUUAUCAUCAAACGAUACCACUAGGAACCUCCAAUAAGACUAUAUACUAUACCAUAAGACUACAAGGAAGAACUAACUCUUACAAACUUUUAUUAAUUUAUUUAUACAACAUUUACUUUUCUUUCUAUAUAUAUUCUCUAUGUCUUUUCACUUUCACUUUCAUUUUCUAUUUAUAUAACGUCACCAUAACUACCGUAAUUAUACUUACACUUCCGGUUAACCGCUCAACCGCAAGAAAUACACCUCACUGUAAAUUUUAUAUGUAACAUUGUCCUGAUGACGCCUAUCUAUAGGUGAAACAUGUCAACCUAAUAAACAGAUACUUUGCGGUAAAAACUUGAGUGUUGUUGUCUUUAUUGUCGACAUAUUCAUUUUUUUCAAGAUGACUGUGAAUACCUAGCGGUAUCCACUCGUUUUUACCCUACCGCACAAUCACCACUUCAGGUGUUGGUUCACUUAUAUUUUUACAGUUUUAGUAUUUCAUAAAGGAAAAUGUCGAAAAUCAGGAGUUAUUUGAAACAGUUGUAGUUUUGCCAAAAGAAAUAUGUGAAUCAAUCGUUUCAUUAAUGAUUUUUUAUUCAGUGGUGUGUUUUGUUUUAUAAAUGAAUAUUAUUUAUGUUUAUAAUCGACUUAAAGCUUCUACAAACAAAGAAAAAUAGUAAUCAUCUGUUGGAGAGUUGUCUCAUUGACAAUCAUACCACAUCUUAUUUUUAUUUAUAUAAAUUGUAAUGGUGUUUCAGUGACAAUUUUUUUUAAACUUCUCAUUUAGGCAAACAUGUGCAAAUUGAAAUCCCAGAGAUCAAGCAUUUUCUAUUACCAAAUUAAAUUGUUUUCAUAUGAAGAAUUAGAAAAAAAUAUAUCAAAUAAAUACACCCCCCCUCUUUUUUCAACAUGUAAAAUGAAAAACUAGUGUUUACAAGUUACUUCGUUGAUAAGUUUAUGUACAUAAUUAACAAAAAAAAAUGCAAUUUUGUAUAGAGGAAUGAUGUUUUCUUUGUGGUAAUUAUAACAGUACAUACAAAACUGGAACACCAUGACCUAAAUUUUAUGCAAGAAUUUUUUCAAAUUAAUAAUGGUAAGAGUCAUAUCCAAUCAAAUUUGAUAUAAACAAAACUGAUGAGGGAAUAACCUGUUGUUUAUAUUUGAUAUAACCUUAAGUCAUGUCAUACUAUGUGAUUCUACAAUUAUAAUGGAAAAAGAGUUUUUAUAACUUUUAUUCAUGCAAGAAGCCUUAUAUAUGAAGAUAUUUACAAAAUGUAUAAUAUUUAGAUUAUCCUGAAGUUUUUUAUAGUCAAGAAAUAAUAUUUGGUUUACAAAAAAAAGUCAUAAUAAGGAAGUAUACAGCUUUUUAUUUUUUAUAUAAAAAUAGAGGUGACCUUCAUUUGUGCGAAUUUGAAUUUUGAUAAGCGUAAAGCAAACAAUUUGUUCCUGUAAACAUAACUCUACAUUAACGAUCAGUUCUUAUUCUACUUUUGCAUAUUUUCUUGGUGCAUCUUGAGAAAAUGUUUGUACGUUCCUUCUCAUUUAUCUACAUUGAAAGCUAGUAUAUCUAUAAAGACCUUUAUUAUGUGUUUGUCUCCAUCUUCAAUAUUCAUUUUCACUCUGUUAUUUCAGUUGAUUUAAUUGAUUGAUUGAUUGGUGAUUGCUUUACACCACAUCACAGUUGAUUUAAAAACAUUGUUUAAUAUAUUAGGUUUUUUUUUCAAAAUUCAUAAUAUCAAGCAUUUAUAUAGCUACUAUAUAAAUCCCUUAUAAUAUAUAUAUAAAAGUUCUACGAUUUUUCAAUUAUUUUUUAAUAGAAACUUGGAUUGAUCCAUGCAAAUGUAGUAGUCUUGUAACAGGUAAAUUUUGUGCAAAUAUAAUGUGUUUUGUGGCUCGAAUGAGAAAUUUUUUCAUGCAAAUGUAUGACAAAUUCAAGGAAGCGUAACGCUGAGAUGGGGAGAUAAUUCAAAUGUUAUCUUUUAUAAUGUUGAGUAAAAUGUGCUAUCUUAUCUCUCCAAUAUUUUGUCUGGAGGUAGAUAUCUCAUUAAUUAUAUGGAUUUAAUUUUAUAUUAUUUUCCUGCACCAAUUUUGGACAGUUAUUAAAGAAUUCAAAUUCAAUUGAAUAGAUAAAUGAAAACUCUUUUCUUAAAAAAGACAGAUGAAUUAUAUAUUCAUCAAUCUCAACUUCAGGAAAUUUCAUUUCAUAAUAACUUCUGCCUUUUUUAAAUUUAAUAAAAAAAAAUUGAAAAAAAAAUUAAAUAAAUUCUUUAUUAGACAUAUUUUAUUUCCUAUCAAGAUUGUAACACCUGACAUUUAAUUGUAUAUCUACAAUUUAAAAAUGCAAAUGUUUUUAUAAAAUGGUUGAGAAUUUGCUCAUAUUUUUAAACAGAGAUAAUUAUUAAAACCAUAGUCUUUCUGUUGCCCAAGUUUUUUUUAUGUAAUUCUAAGAGAUGAAAUGCCUUAUUGGGAAAAUAAAAUAAUUCCAAACAUGACUUGCUUUACAGAAUAAUAUUUAUUUUUUUGUAAACAUUUUAACUUUAUUUUCCAUACUAGAUGGUAUUAUUAUUCAUUUAUUUAGAAAGUUAAUUUUGUUUUCAUCCCAUCUGGUAUAUAUAAUUGGAUAAAUCAAAUGAGAAGUUAAGCACACAUUACUACAAAUUCAAUCUUUCCACAAUGCUAUCAGGUACUUUGAUUCAAACUGAGAGGAAAGGCACCUAUUUCAAUUACUGUGUUUAUUGUUUUGUUGUAAGAUACAAUUUGUUGUCCGAAGUUUGUUAAAUGAAUUUUAAAUUUUAUAGAUAAAUUUUAAGAUGAGAUCAUCUAUUUUUUAAUACAGACUAUUUUACAUAUUGAACCAUUUGGUAUUUUUUUCUAGUCUAUAAUCAUUUUUAUUUGUAAAUAUAUAAGAUACAUAACCUUGAUUGUAUUAUAGCAGUAUAGAAUUGGCAGAAAAAGUAUGCCUAGUUUCAUCCUUGGGCAAUUGUGCAAUGUCAUUAUGUUCAAAAGUAAUCAUUAUCAAUAAAACUUGUUAUAAAUAUUA